AUGCAAAGUACGGUGCAAAAUGCCAAUGAAGCAAAGGAAAUGGUGGACUACAUCGCCAUAACACAAAGGAUCAGAAGCAGACGAGUUUUCCCGAAUGUUUCUCCGGGAUACAUGCGCACUCUGGUACCGGAAACAGCACCGGAAGCUGGAGAAGAAUGGGACGAUAUUUUCCGAGACGUCGAGAGGGUCAUCAUGCCAGGGAUCACCCACUGGCAAUCACCUCAUAUGCACGCCUUUCCUGCUCUUAACUCCUUCCCGUCGCUUCUCGGAGACAUGUUAGCUGACGCCAUCGGUUGCCUAGGUUUCACGUGGGCCUCCAGCCCAGCCUGUACAGAACUGGAGACGAUCGUCAUGGAUUGGCUGGGAAAGAUGAUCGGACUUCUCAAUGUUCUCCAUAGCAACGAGCAGACGAUGGGGGGCGGAGUCAUACAGACGACAGCAAGCGACGCUACGUUUGUGUCUAUACUGGCAGCAAGAUCGGAGGCCAUCAGAUUGUACAAAACCAUGCACCCAGAUCUCGACGACGCCGAGAUUAACGCGAGACUUCUCGGUUUUGCCUUUAUCCAGGCCCAUUCAUCGGUAGAAAAAGCCGGACUUAUCAGCCUGGUGAAGAUGCGAUUUUUGCCGAGUGACGACAAACUCAGCCUCCGGGGAGAGACCCUGCUAGAGGCGGUACAGAACGACCGAAGAGAUGGCUUCAUCCCAUUCUAUCUAUGUGGUACUCUCGGAACUACGGGCGCAUGCGCAUUUGACAACCUAAAGGAGCUCGGGCCAGUAUGCGAAGCUGAAGGUUUGUGGAUGCACAUUGAUGCCGCAUACGCGGGUACGGCCUUUAUCUGUCCGGAGUUCCGGAAGUACAUGGAUGGCGUGGAGUAUGCGCAGUCUUUCGCGUUUAAUCCUUCCAAGUGGAUGAUGGUGCAUUUUGACUGUACGGCCAUGUGGGUAAAAAACAGCGGGGCACUUCACAGAACCUUCAACGUGGAUCCAUUGUACUUAAAACAUGACAACACAGGAGCUGCAAUUGACUACAUGCACUGGCAGGUUCCGCUCAGUCGGCGAUUUCGCGCUAUCAAGCUGUGGUUUGUGAUUCGCUCAUUCGGCGUCAAAGGCAUACAAAAACACGUUAGAGAAGGAGUUCGAUUGGCGAAGAAAUUCGAGGAAAUGGUGCGAAAAGAUGCAAGAUUUGAGAUACCUGCCGAGAGAAUUAUGGGAAUGGUGGUCUUUCGAUUAAAGGGGGACAACGAGUGGACAGAGGCCUUGUUAAAGCGAUUGAACUCGUCUGGGAAGAUUCAUAUGGUGCCCGCCUCACUGAAAGGUAAAUACGUCAUCCGAUUUACGGUGACGUCUCAGUACACCAAGGACACCGACAUAGAACGCGACUGGAAGAUUAUCAAAGACACGGCGACCCGGGUGUUCCAAGAGGAACGCUCUGUAGAUGAGGACGAAGUGUUCGAGGAAACCAGGGAAACGGAGAACGAGUUGAAGGUCAUGCGCAGAGAGCCGAGUCUGAAGAGGAAAGACUAUGGCAUGAGCUUGAUACUCAGUAAUGUCCCUAUGUCUCCGAAGUUCAUCAACGGUAGCUUUGCCGCCAUCUUUGACAACAAUGACGUCAUAUACGAGUUUGCCAAACAGCUCACAGCCAGCGAUCUGAACGGCAGGCCGAUUCGCCUGUCACCCCGGCGACGGAUCAAACUUCGCGAUAGCUCCAAGCAACAGAGCCUCGACUUCAACAUGCUAGCGACUCGCAGAGAUCCCCGUACUUUCAAACAGGGAUCCUUGGACUCCAAGAUCGAAGAGAUUUUCGAGUGUUCCGUGGAAAGUGAUGGGAGCAGUGGUUUGGCUCAAGAUGAGGAGAGUGAACGUGAUGAAAACGAUCACGACAGCGAAAGACGACCCAUCCGAUCCAGUACGACAACCGUCACGGUACGCGUUCCGAAUCAUGGCAAUUCCCAACGUGUUCCCAGCGUGCGUGUUUACGAGAAUAACGGCGACAGUAAAGCGCUUGUCAUGUCGACGAAGCGCAAGGACACCAAUCGAGAAAUCGCGGCUAGACCAGAAAGCCGGAACGGGGCCAAAUUAAACGGAGUUGGCUUUGUGUGCAAGUUUUGCGGACACACCGUGGAAGACUGA